CUCCAACUUCGAUGUACGGCACGGCAAGGUUCGACUUGGUUAGGUUUCAAUCUCGGGCCAGCAAGGCCCGCAUCUGCAUGGACGGCUGCUACCGACAUGCUGGCUCCAGUGUCAGUCAGUCAUGCCCUUCUUUACCUUGAUUUCAUGUUUAUUUUUGUCUUUGUUUUCGCCGCGUGUGGUUUAUUGACUUGCAAUUCGAUGUUUUUGCCGCACAAGCGCAUGCGUGUGCCGAGACACUUGCGGGAGAGACAGUGUCAGAACCGCUCGACACCACCAUGGUUCGUCCUUGGACAUGGCACCAAAGACGGAAUCGCCAUGAUGUGCGUCGCAUUUCUGGCCUGUUUCGACACUCUGAAAUUGCACACCCCAAAAUCCGCAUCGCUAGGGGACCGACUGAGAAACGCAUUCCGUUUCUCGCCUUGUCAUCUGCCUCCAUACUUGGUACCUGCGCCAGCUACCUUCAGGGCUAGUGAAACCUAGGCAGCCCCUGGCAGGGAGAAGAGGAGCAUUGGACCCCCC